CGCGCGAGUGAAGUGUGCGCGAGUGGAACGCCGUCCGUGAGUGAUAUGUGUUUUACUGUCACGACGCAUUACCGCCAGGACACGGACACAACAAGAUCCGUGAAUCGAUAAGUUAAUUGAAAGGACACGCUUGCAAGCUGCUUCUGUCACAAUGAAGACUUCACUCGUCAGUUGGUUUAACCAGCAGGAGGGCGCGAACCCGGCGCAGAUAGCCAUCUACGGAUCGGUUUCGUUCCUGGUCGUAUCCUUGCUGGGUUUACUGAUUUAUAUCACCUGCUCGAAGCGUUACCGGCUCAACUGGUUCGAAAAGAACCUCCUGGAAUCGGCCAAGGAGCGCGAGGAUGCUCGCAGCCACGAAGGACACAUAACCUGCCCGAUUGCGUAUGACGUAGACGCUGUCGCCGGGACGUCUCGUUAUCUGACGCGAGUCAAUGGCAGUCCGCUUGCAAGAGCUGACCAUCCACCCUUCUGGGCUUCGCAGGGUCUGUACCGGAAGAGCGACAGCCGGGGCCAGUUGAUUGACACGUCGGACGAGGAGACCACGGGCGAUGACAGCGGUGACUCGGCGUGCAGCAGCAGUAGGUCAGUUAUUGCAGCUCCCUGUGGUGCGGUGGCCAUCGCCAGCACAGGCAAACAUGUCGUGCUCGUUACGUCAAGUCCGGCCAAACCCACCACGUCUACGGUGUCGGCGGCUUCGGGAGCGGCCAGUAGUGGUCCAGCGGGAGCGACCAAGGCCGACCCGGCAAGGAUCGAUAUGCUCGACUCGGUUAGCACGUGCAGUACGGCCAGCAGGGAUGAACUGGCCGGUGAGGACGCCCGGGGUGCGGUUCAUCUGACGUUGAGCUACGAUCCGGCCGCGGGAAUUCUGACCGUGAAGCUCGUCGAGGCCCAGGAUUUGCAGCCGCAGGAUUUUAGUGGGACGGCGGAUCCGUACGCUAAGAUACGGCUACUGCCGGAUCGGAACAACAUGUGGCAAACGAGAAUUCACAAGAAAACACUCAACCCCGUAUUCGACGAGGACUUUGUAUUCGAGGUGCGUUCGGCCACCAUCGGCCGACGAACUCUCGAAAUACUGCUGUUCGACUUUGACGCGUACUCACGCCACGUGUGCAUCGGUGGCGUGCAAUUCCCGCUGGCGCAAGUGUGUCUGGCCGAGCGGAUAGACAUCUGGCGGCCGUUGCUACCGUACAGCGAGCAGGAUAACAAGCAGGACCUGGGGGAUCUGAUGGUGUCGCUGUCGUACCUGCCUGCGGCCGAGAAGCUAACCGUCGUCAUCAUCAAGGCGCGUAAUCUACGCGUCAUCGACGGCACGCGGAAUUCCUCCGAUCCGUACGUGAAGGUGUGCCUGUACAAUGCGGAUGGACGACGAAUCAAGAAGCGCAAGACUACGGUAGCUCGCAACACGACCGCGCCCGUUUACAACGAGGCACUGACGUUCGACAUCAGUCGUGAAACGCUGCGGGACUGCUCGAUUGAGUUCCAGGUGCUGCACGAUAGCCUGCUGGGCAAGAACGAAACGCUCGGCCGGGCGACGGUUGGCAGUGGGCCGGAGUUCCGGCAGGAAAACCGGAAGUUCUUUGACGAGCUGUUCCGCACUCGAGCCGCCACGGCCCAGUGGAUAUCGCUGUGCGAGCUGAAGCUGAAAUCGGACGGAGCGUCGAAGAAGAAGUGAGAAGUCGUUGGACACAGCGCACGACGCACGUGGGCUGAAUAAUAGCUAACCGAUCCUUCAAACACUUACAGCACGCGUGUGCUCUAUCCUCGUGGCCACUCCGUGGGCUCUAUUGCUAUCCCACAAAUGCAGGUUUUAGCAGCAAAAGCACGGAACCGGGUUGAAUUUUGGAUUGCGCCCAAGAAACGAUAUAAAUGCUACGAUGUACACUUGCAAACAGACAUGGAAACGGGUCGUCCUUCCACGUGUACCAAUUAUUGUUUUCUGUUCCACGUUCGAGAAGCCACCGUGUUAGACGGAGCUGCAACGAUAUUUGCGUAUGUUCGUGUUGCAAAGAAUGCCCUAUUUGACGACAUUAUUUACUCUUACUCUCCGGCACCGUUAAACGCCUUCCUGGAAGCACACGGAUUCUGGAGCGCCACAUAUCAUGUUGGCUUCUGUGGCGCCUCCACCUGCACCAUCCUUUUUACAACACACAUGUUGAAUAUUUAUAUAUACAUGUAUACAUACAUAUAUCAGGCCCGAAAGAAGAUAAACAAUACAGUGAGAGCGAUUCAAAGAGCCACCAAUCUGUUUGGUAACGAAGGACUAUCAACAAGUGCGUAUAUAAGGAUACUUAGCACCGGAAGAAGUAUGGCGGGAACCAUAUUAAAAGAAACAUAUUUAUACAACCACAGAGAGAGAGAGAGAUAUAGAGAGGUGUAUUUAGUAGAUGUGAUCAUGUACCAAAUAAAUAUUGUGUAUCUA